AUGUCCAUCGCGACGCCCCAGCUCGCCUCAUCGCCUCGCCAGCAGCACCCGAUGAGUAGAGGUGAUUCUCCGACAAAGCAGGACAAUCUCGUCGUGUCGACUGUCAGCACAGAUCUUGCCUCUUCGCCGGACGAGAUUGCCUCGGACGCUUCCAGCGGGCCUCUGAUCCAGUCGCAGACGCAACCCAAACUCAAAAGCAUUCUCGACAACCCAAACGACGUCAUCCCUUGCAAGCAAUCGCGCUCCACAAGUGAGUCAGGCUUCAAGGCCGCGCUCAAGGCCACUUUCCUUCCACCGCCCACGCCCGGUCGUCAAAUCAAAGUCAAGGAUGGCAAACGCCUGGGCAAGUCGUUCCAGCGCACAGAGCCGCGGCCCAAGAACUUUGAAGGCGGCGAGGUGCUGGACUACGAUCCCAGAGGCAAAGACGCGACUGCCGGCGAUGGUGUCUUGCCUCCAGGCUGCCUCAAACCGCCCACAUACCGACGAGACAGCGCCAGCGAGUCUGGCUACGGCAGCGACAAGGAAAGCAGCCUAGGCACCCCCAGCGACACGGCUGACUUUAGCGAUCUCUCUCGCUCCAAUACCUCGGAAUCCAGCUCAGCCUGGGGCUCGUCCGAGCGUGGGCGAUCCACAACCUCCGUGCCCAGCAGAGCAAGGCAAGGCUCGAUGGCCUCCACCACCUCGAACAGCAGCGGCGCGGCCAUCAAAUUCUGCCCACUCCCGGCAUCGGGACGGCUGAAGCGUGCCAACUCAAUCACCAUUGGUGUCGCCGCUCGCUCCCAUCUGCUCCAGUCGCAGGGUACUGCUGCCCCUCCAAGACAAACCUACACACCUCAGCACGUGCACGGCUCGCAGACUUGGUACACCCAUCCCCAGCAUGAAGACGUCGUGGAUGUUGGACAAGAGAUCAAAAAGGGCGCCACCAAAGCUUGGAAGCUGCUUCGUGGCGGUGGAGGCAACACGAGCGAUAGCUCCAGCUCUCAGAGCAAGGACGCCGCCGCUGGUAGCAAUGGUCAGAAGAAGGUUGCUGGAGCAGCACAAGCUGCUGUACUAGAAAAGCCGAAGAAGGCAUUCCCCAAAGAAGGUGCGCCCAUAGCCGAUCCCGACACAGGCGAGCUGAAAAUGGCGGAUGGCUCUGCUGUCAGCUCCACACCCAACGUGUCCCAGAGCGGCGUCUCAGAACAGGCCAAGAAGCUUCCCACCGGGGCUGCUGCCAGCUCAUCAACGCCAGGCGGUGAUCAGACGCCACGUCGUACAUCUAGUCCCACUGCUCAACUGCGCAGCAUGUCGAUCUCGGAAGAUCCAGAGGCAGAAGACGUCGCUGCCGCGCUCGAAGCCGCACACGCCAAGAAUGCUGCCAAGGACGCGCAUUUGCCUAACGGACAUCAUCCACACGAGCUGCAAGAAGGCCCGCAGCAUCACAACUUCCACCUUGCCGACGACCACGAUGGGACGCAUUUGGAUUCGGGGGCAGCUACACCCAGGAGUGGCAUGCAGCGCCGAUUGUCGACAGGUGCCUUCUUGCGUGGUCUAUCGAUUCGCGGAAUCCAGGAGGACCGCAGGAGGGAUCUGCUGGGUCUUGGUCAGGAUGAAGAUGCAGAGAGACGCGACAGUGGCGAGGUAGCGGCUGAAGGCAAGAUGUCCGACGAGCAGCAUCGGCACGGCAUUGCGGUCAGAACGCCGGCGGGUAAAGAGGAAGAGCUUGGGUUGGAGGGCUACGGUCAUUCGAGGCAGAUGCUUUCGUAA